GGGAUAGAGAGGAGAGCGAAUCUCGAGCUUUAAUUUCGUAUGACUUCCCGUUUCAAGAAUGAUACAUUAGGCAAUCGUUUCAGAGAUUCGCGAUCGCGUUAACGUUCGCGAAAAUGAGCAGUGAUGAUACCUUGCUAGAUGAAGAUCUCGGGGACGAAGAGUACGAUCUGGGUAACGAUGAGGAAGAGGCUCUUCUAGCGGAUGACUACGAUAUAGAAAGGCAGAAUAGCUAUAAGGGAGAAGAGGAAACAGAUGAUGUACUGGACUUAGGAGUCACGGACGCGCUCGACGACUUAGAUGGCGAAGACGAGAAUAUAGAGUUUAGUAGAGGCAAUACUGAUAAACGUAACGAUAACGAUUUCUAUAAAGAUGGAGAACAUCCGAUGGAAAUACAAUCUGCGUCGUAUUACGAGCAAGACGAGGGUGCUGAGCAGUACGCGAACGAGCAGGCGUCACGUCAGUCCGGCAAAAAUUCGGAGUCCAAUAAUGUUAAUGUUUCUAAUAAUAUUGGCAAGGGCGAUCUACGCGAGAAGCUCCAAAGAAACAUGCAGAAGACUGCUUACAUCGGCAACGGACAAGGAAUGGAGGACGACGACUGCGAGGAGGCGAAGGAAAGGCGUAACAGAUUUCAAAACGAGCGUACGAUGAUUUCUCCAAAGAUGAACAAUGAUAUUCCGGAUACCUUAGAGAAUGUUGUCACGUCGGAACCAUCCAGAGCGCCGUUCAGAGGAAGAGGACGAGGUCGUGGAGUAAGAGGAAGCAGAGGAGGACGAUUUAACGUACAAAACGCUGGAAAUUUCAAUCCAAGGUUUGGUACGGCACGGCCCGGUAAUUUUGAUAAUCAACCGCCUGCUUGUAGACCACCAUUAAUAGAGACUAGGCCGCCAUGUCUCCUUGGCGUACCAAGUAACGUACCACCAAAUCAACAGCAGAUAAUGUUCCAACAACAAGCUAAUCCACCACAGCCCUUUCAACAGCCCUUUGGUCCAAACGGUCCGUUACAAGGACCACCGGCGCAAUUUGCGGAGAAUAGGCAGUUCAACCCCGGGCAAUUCCAGGGCCCGAUGGGGCCACGUUCAAUCGGUAGCCAAAGAUUACCCGAAUAUGGACUUAGGGGUCCGCUGGCAGGAGGCUCUAUACAAGGACCGAAUUACAAUUGUCCACCCAACCAGCAGUCGCCAUAUCAUCCGCCGAUGCAGCCGCCGCCAUUUCAAAAUCCGAGCGGUGUCAUGCAAGAAAACCGACCUGGUAUGCAAGGUAAUCAGGGAGGACCUCUAUUACAAAAUCCGGGAGGAGGAUCGCUUCUCGGUAACCCGAACUGCUUGUUGCUGCCUGGAAAUCCGCCCAAUAUGUUGCUCCCUGGGGGAGGGAAUCUGCCAGUAUCUAUGGGCCAAGGAUUCCCUCGUCAACAGCAAGCGUUACCAAGCGCCUCUCAAGGUCCGCCCAUGCAAAAUCUGCCGCCGAAUGUGCAAAUAUCUAGUCAGCCACCGCCCUUUGAGAACAGACUGCCGCCGCCGCCGCCGCCACAAUUUCAAGAGCCCCAAUUCGAAGGCCGGAACGCGUAUGACGCAAGAGGUUUUCAUCCUUCCGAUCAAGUACCCAAUAGCCAAUUUAAUAAUACGAUGCAACCGGUACCGCAACAGUCGGCGUCUAAUGUAUCACACAGUGUGUCUUUACCUCCAGGCCACAAGAUUCUAAUCAAUCCUCAUUUUAGAGGCACCGUUCAACCCGCGAAUGAUACUCGACUCGCUUGGGAUUCUAAUCAACAACAAACCCAAUCGCAAGUUUCUCAUAGUGGACAAUUUCCACAACCGCCAUCAUCGUAUCAAAAUCAAGGACCUUAUAAUCAGACCCAACAAGGUUCAUCGCAGUAUCAACAAAAUUAUCAGCAGAAUAAAAGUGACGAUCCAUAUGCAUAUUUUUCUGAUGUGUGGCAAGAAAAUAGACCGCAGAAGCCUCAGAAUAGCCCAAAUAAGCAUUAUCCUUCGGAUAACAAUUAUUCCCGAGAGAGCUACAGUGAUGGUAAUAAAUAUAAAUUGAAUAGCCAAUGGGAGCAAAGGGAUAGUUAUCAAGAGGAUUAUAGAGGAUCUCAUCAAAAUUAUCGAGAAAGAGAUUUGCCACCACGAACAAGAAACGAUCAUACGCAAAGAAGCAGAACGCCACCAAAUACGUAUCGUGGGGACUCCUACGAUCAAGUUCAUAAUCUGAAAUUUUCUAGACCGGCGAAUAUUACACCUCGUGGAGCGAAUAGACCACCGCAGAAGAGGAUAUCUGAGUCUUCGGACAAAGGACUGCGAGAAGUAAGUCCAAAACGUAAGCCGUCUAACAGAAAUCUUCAAGAGAUACGAAGAGUAGAUACAGCGAGUGAAAAUGUCGUCGACAAGGAUGAAGAUCCAGAGAUGCAAGAAUACCGUAAAAAAAUGGAAGAACAAAAACGUCUUCGCGAGAAGUUGUUACGCGAGAAAGAGAACAGACGUAAGAUGGCUGCAAUGGAGAAACAAAAUGAAGAUACCAAGAUCGAUUCAAAUACUGCAGUGAGUGAAAAUACACAGCAAGAAAUAAAACCUGCAACAGCAUUGAUGGGAAUUGUAAAGGACGUUAAAACUCGCCCUGGUGUUACUAAAGGACGUGGUCGUCCUAUCAAUCAAAGCACAGAGGCAGCAGACAGACCGUCUAAUAUGCGAAUUGUCAGAACGAUACCAACUAUACAAAGUAACGAUUUAUCAGAUACAAUUGGUUCAAAAGAUAAUAAUUCUGGAUACACAACUAAUCAAACCGGCGAUAUUGGACAAACGAGACAAAUGAUACAACAAUCUGGCACACGAAGAGUCGUAAUACAAAAACCUCUGGUAAAUUCGCAAAAAAUCAUCGCUACCACAAUACAAAAAACUGUCUCCAAUCUGCAGAAGAAUCAGGGAAUACAACAGAAAAUAGUACCAAACACGCAAGUUGUGCAAGGGCAGAAAAUCAUACAGAAUCAGGUCAAUGCAUUACAAAAGUCUGGAACUAUUGGACCGAAAACCACAAAUGUUGGUCAGAGAAUGGUAACGCAUAAAACACCUGGUAGCCUGCAGAAAACUGUAAUCAACGAUAACGCGAAUGUUCAUGGUCAAUGUCAAAAAGUCAUGAAUGCGCAACAAAAUCCACAGCGAAUCGUGCUACAAAAAACUGCAGUUCAAGCGAAAAAGUUACCCGAGAUAAAGACGAAUACAGUUAAAUUAGAGAAUUUGGCUGCAAGCACUUCUGAAGCCCAAAUCAGACGUAUGUGUCAAGCCAUCGGAACUAUUGAGAGCAUACGUAUGGGCGAGGGUAACGCGACCAUUGUGUUUAAGACACAAUCCGCUGCCAUGGUGUUUCACAAGAAAUACCAGCGUAAAAUGCUCGAUCUAUCACUGAUAACCGUUCGUCUCGUGCCGCAAAGUACUAUCGCCAAUAAGGUGGUAACGGCGAUCGCGAAGAAAUCUUAGAGACGAAUCUCGAAAUAUUAUCAACAUAUUCUUAGCGUUAAUUCCAUGUAAACCGCGAAUCUUCUAGACGGUACUUUUCUUGUUUCGAGGUUCAUCGGAUCUGUUGGAUAGAAAUAAAAGUAUGUAUCUAUAUAUUUUAUACACGUAUAUAUUCCAAACAUUAUAGAAAUUUGUAAAAUUUAGUAAAGAUGUAGCAAAACUUCUAUUGGAUCUUCAGUGGAAGAAUAAUGUAAACGGUAAGAGUUCUCGAGAUUUUUCAACCAACGUACGAGAUAUUCGUUAUUAUUUAUGAGAACUCGUCUAUGUAUAUAUAUAAAUUGUAUAUUUCGUAUAAAAUAAUGUAUAAUGAUGUGCAUAUGAAAUAAAGUAACAUGCAACAAUAUGCAUCUAGAAAAAGAAAAU